GGGCGGCUCGGCCGCCAUCUUGCCCUGGGCGGUGCCUGACGGCGGGACAGGCCGCGGGGGGCCGGGAGAGUCCUCAGGAUGCCGGGAGCGGCGGCGGAGGAGCCGCUCCCGGAGGGGAGGCCUGUCCGCUGGCGUGCGAACAGCAGCCGUCCCGCCGCAUCGCACUGUUAGGCCUGACAAGCGCCUCUCAGCCGCCCGCCGUGCCGGGGAGCGGUGCGGGAGGGGACCGCUCUGGCAGCCGCUACGGAGCGGGAAAGGAGCCCUAGAGCAGCUGUUUUUCCGUGGGGCGCUCUGAGAUGUCACAGGUGCUGGGAAACACAGUCUUUGCCUUUCAGACGGGAAAGGCAGAGCUGGCACCAGCGAGGGAGAAGGGCCGGGAGCUGGCUGAGGAGACCCCGGGGUGGCGGAGCAGUGGCGGUUGUGAGGCGUCCGGAGGAGCCGGCGCGGUUGAGGUGUCAGGGAACGAGCGUUUGUUCUCCUGUUAAAACGAUAAAGCCAGUAUUUUCGUGCAGCGUUGUGGAAUAACCACAGGCAGAGCUCAAGGCCCAGCAAGGGAUCCCUGCAGCAUGGAAGGGAACAGCAGCCCCAGAGAGCGAGUUUCGCUGACGGGCGGGAGCUGAGGGGAGGACAGUGCCGAGCCCGGCGCUGCGCCGCGGCCUCACAGCUCGACCAGCACAGGGAGAACCUUUGCCACAACACCAGCAGAGUGAAAACACGCGGAAGAUUCUACAGGAAUUAGGAGAAGUCACGCCUUACCGGAUUUGAAGAUCUCAGACAGCCUUCUGUUUGUGUGAGGCAUAGAGGAAAAUGGAAGAAGAUGAGACUUCACAAGGUGAAACGGAGAGGGCAGAAGUUGAAACACAUGAUACUCCUGAGAUCGGUCGGCGGAUAUCGGUCAGCGAGUUCCUUUGCCACUGCUGUUACGACAUCCUGGUCGAUCCCACCACCCUGAACUGCGGGCACAGCUUCUGCAGACAUUGCCUCGCCUUGUGGUGGGUGUCGUCCAAGAAGAAUGAAUGCCCAGAAUGCAGAGAAAAAUGGAAAGGUUUCCCCAAAGUCAACAUCCUCCUCAGGGAUGUUACUGAAAAGCUAUUUUCUGACGCCAUUGAACAAAGAAAAGAAGACAUUCAACAGAAUGGUGAGGCAGCACGCAGCUUAGCAACUUUCCAAAAGUAUGGGAAUGACCAGAUUCCUACAGUACAGAAUACAAGAAGAAUUAAUCCUCGAGGAGGAGGGUUUUUCUCAGGUGUUCUGACAGCUUUAACUUGUGUGGCAGUAGUUCUACUUGGAUAUCACUGGAGCAGCAGAGAAUUUGAAGAAGAUCAUCUUGUCCACAAGCCUGUUGCUAAAUGGACUACUGAGGAAGUGAUACUUUGGCUGGAGCAGCUGGGCCCAUGGGCUUCACAUUAUAAAGAAAGAUUUUUGCUGGAGAAAGUGAAUGGAAGACUCCUGCUGACACUGACAGAGGAGGAUUUCACAAAAGAGCCUUACAGUAUAGAGAACAGCAGCCACAGAAAAGCUAUUGUGGCAGAACUGGAAUGUGUGAAAGCUUUAGGCGUUAAACCACCACAGAACCUUUGGGAAUAUAAGGCAGUAAAUCCAGGAAAAUCACUCUUUCUUCUGUAUGCACUGAAGAGUUCUCCACGCCUCAGCAUGUUAUACCUGUAUUUGUUUGAUUACGCGGAGGCUUUCCUACCUUUCAUCCACACAAUCUGCCCUACGCAAGAAGACAAGGAUGAAGAUAUUGUCACAAAACUACUAGACCUUAAGGAUCCUACUUGGAAACAGUGGAGAGAAUUCCUUGUGAAGUAUUUCUUUUUGCCAUACCAGUUGAUGGCUGAAUUUGCUUGGGAUUGGCUGGACGUGCACUACUGGACAUCAAGAUUUAUAAUUGUCAACGCCAUGUUGCUCUCUGUUCUGGAAUUAUUCUCCCUGUGGAGGCUCUGGUUGAGAAGAGAACUGAAGACUAUUCCUCACAGAAUGUGGAGGCAUUUCUGGAAGGUCUCAACCCAGGGUCUUUUUGUUGCCAUUUUUUGGCCUUUUAUUCCUCAGUUUGUCUGCAAUUGUUUGUUUUACUGGGCCUUGUACUUUAACCCGAUUAUAAACAUUGAUCUUGUGGUUAAAGAAGUGAGGCGUCUGGACACGCAAGUGCAGUGACUGGCAGUGGAACUUUGGAGCCAUUUAGCUCCUAAAAAUGGACAUUUGAAAUAAACUUUGCUUUUCUUCUUCAUAUAUGUGGUAGUGAAAGGGGUGGAUUAUCUGAACUUAAACAUACAAAAAAGCCUUAAGGUAAGUUUCUCUUACCUCAGCUGAUUCCAACUCUGAGGAUGGACUUUAUGAUCCUAAAGGAAUUGUUUAUUGAAAACAAAAAAUGACAUUGCUGAUUUAGCCACGUGAAACUUACACAGUCAUGUCACCCUGUUGUUGAUCAAGUCAAAUUUCUCUAUUCCAUCUUGAGCCUUCUGGUUAUUGUCAAGCCUGCCUUACAAUCAGUGUCUUCUGAACAGCUACAGUGAUUUGAUUUGAUUUUUUUUACUUAGCAUUUCAUAGCAACAACCUGUUCCCGAGGAUGUAAGUUUGCCAAAGGAAAGUUCUUCCUGGAUAGGCUUGAUACUUGAAGUACCUGUGUGUUUUCAGUCUGCUUGACAUGUAAAGCUGUGACGGUCAAAUACACAGCCUCACAGUAGAGUUUGUUCUGAAAUUCCCCCUGUUGAAGGCAAAAACUGCUUGAGGUUUUGUCUUUGGGAAAAUGUGGUGAUUGCCAUUCAAAUGUUUAUAUUCAGAUCAGUUAGACUUCAGUGACAGCUUCUUUGACGCUCUCCUCUUGAAGUCUGUUGCUAAUUCUUUAAUUCAGGGUUAUCCGUUAAAACGAUUAUUUUUGAAGAGUGACCUGACACUGUAAUUAUGUCUCACUGCAAUGGAAUGUGUGUCUCCAGAUCUCCGAGCGAAUAUUGACUGGCAGGUUAUUUUGUAUACGCAGGAUUGCCAUUUGUCAACCUAAUGUUUUUGACUGAAGCGAAAAUUAGAUUUUCCAAGAGCUUUGUCCCUUGCAUUCUGCAUUGGGGCUUUUUGUGUUUUGUUUGGUUUGGUUUGGUUUGGUUUUUUUUCCUCAUUUGUAUCAUUAAUAUGAGCUUUAGAUUUGCCUGUGAAUAUUUUUAAAGAUUAAAGAUCUCUUUUGAAAUCUUCAUGCUUCCUAAAAAAGUGUUGUGGUUUUUUUUUUCACUGUAUUGAAGUACCUGUUGUUAGCUUUGACUUGUGUAAAUUUGUUCUGUAGCCCCACAGCUUCAAGUGAGGUUGGUGCAAGUAAACAUAAGUGUAUUAUUCAGCAA